AUGACAACCCACGUCGACGACAUUGCCGUCUGUGGUGGCGCUGAGUUCCUUGAGAAGGAGUAUGCUUUUCUUAGUGGCCGAUUUGGCAAGAUCUCCGUGCAACAGCCUCCUUUCAACCACUGUGGAAGCCGGUACAACAAAGUUGCGUCUAGCUUCUCUAUCGACCAGCAGGAGUUCAUCGAUAGGAUGAAGGUCAUGGACUUCAAAGACCUUGGUGAUGAUCAAAGCAGACCUUUGACACCGGCUGAAACAUCAACCUUGCGGCGCAGUAUCCUAGGUGGACUUCUUUGGAUCACAGCGACAAGGCUGGAUUUGGUGGCUGACGUUGGAGUUCUACAGUCACGCGUGACAAAGGCGACAGUGCAAGACUUGCACCUGGCCAAUGCCAUUGUGAAGAAGGCCAAGAUGGCACAAUAUCGUGGAGACGCCCACAUCUUGUUUUCCCACGGUGCCAAGGCAAAACGAACCAGCUACUCAACUUCUCACUCUGAGACGCUUGCUGCCAUUUCUGGUUUGGAGACAGCUUCACUGGUGGCUCUACGUUUGGCCGAACUUUUGGUUCCAACGGAGAAGCCAACUUUGCUGCAGCUGGCUGCGCUGCAAGAAGCUGGAGCACCUUUUCUUCCAGCUGAUGCGAUGACUGAUUGCAAGGACUUCUACUCCCUCACGACUGGUGGCAGUUCUCUACCUCAAGACCGUUCUCAACGAGUCUACAUUUUAGCUCACCGUGAAGCCCGGCUUUGUGGACGCCUACGUUGGGUGAUUUUUGUGCCAACGCAAUCAAUGGUGGCAGAUGCGCUGACGAAGCCGAUGCUGAGCAGACAACUUCUACAUCUGCUCUCAACUGGUCAAGUGGUGUUUCGAAAUGAAGAUGGACACCCACUGGGAGCCAUGCCUCCGACGACAGACUUCAACGAGGAUGACUUGGAAGCUGGAGACAAGAAGUGGAUCAACACCAUGAUGACCACCGCUGACAUCAAAGCCGUGCAGAGCUUUGCUACGUCAGGGACUUGGACUACGACCAUGUGCUAUAUCCUGGACAUCAAGUUCAAGCUUUUGGUUGGUGGCCACGCUGUGCGCAUGGCAGAUGACACAAGGACAGGCUGA